UGUGAUUGACAGGAGGGGGCGUGGCCGCGAAGCUUGCAUGGCGUCUGCAGUGAGGCCUGGCCUUCGCGGGAGGAGGCUGCUUUUUCCCGCGAAAUAUGUGGGGAGGAGGUUGCCGGCGGUGGCCGUGGCUUCCAACCGGGCCUCUGCGGAGGAGGGGCAGCGUUACUGCGUGGAUUUGGUGCGGAAACGUGACUAUGAAGGUUUCCUCGGUUCGCUGUUAUUGCCGGCAGAAUCUCAACUAUCUGCUUUUGCCCUCAGAGCCUUCAAUGUAGAACUGGCUCAGAUUAAAGACUCCAUAACUCAGAAGACCAUUGGCUUGAUGAGAAUUCAAUUUUGGAGGAAAACUGUGGAAGAUAUAUACCAUGACAAUCCACCCCAGCAACCAGUUGCAAUAGAGUUGUGGAAGGCAGUCAAGAGGCAAAACUUGACCAAAAGAUGGCUUAUGAAGAUUAUUGAUGAAAGGGAAAAAAAUCUGGAUGACAGAGGAUAUCGGGAUAUCAGUGAGCUUGAAGCAUAUGCUGAAAAUACACAGAGUGCUCUCCUUUAUCUCAUAUUGGAAACACUUGGCGUGAAAGACAUCCAUGCAGAUCAUGCAGCCAGUCACAUUGGGAAGGCACAAGGCAUAGUAACCUGCUUAAGAGCUACUCCAUACCAUGCUAGCAGAGGGAAGAUCUUUCUACCCAUGGACAUAUGUAUGCUGCAUGGUGUUUCCCAAGAAGAUUUCAUAAGGUGUAAUCGGGAGAAAAAAGUGCAAGAUGUCGUAUAUGAUAUAGCUAGUCAAGCACAUGUUCACCUGGAACAUGCUAGGUCCUUCAGGAAAAACGUUCCUGCUAAAGCAUUUCCUGCUUUUCUCUGUACAGUUGCUAUUGAGGAUUAUUUAAGUCAAAUACAAAAAGUUGACUUCAAUGUAUUUCAUCCAAACUUGCAUCGGAAGAACACUUUACUACCUUUGCAUUUGUAUAUUAGAUCAUGGAAGAAAACUUAUUAAAUAUUAUUUAACAAGA